AGACGGAAAAUAUCAUAGAAACGUGAAGCACACUGCGGUAAAUACGUAAGCGUGUCCUCGAUCAGCCUUGGUUCUUUACUUAAGCAAUUGAUCUAUUGGCAAAAUAACUUAUCAAAGGUUGCAGAGUCGUUCUAAUCUUACUAACAUAAUAUUCUCAUUAAUGGCAGUUGAGGACACGCGACGAUCGCAACGACCCUAUCGUUACGGUAUCAUUCUCCUGUGUUGUGGGGCACUUGUUAAUUGGUUAGGACUUACAGAGAAUUAUGGACUGCCGAUACGAUAUUUGGGUAUCAGUUGUAUUAUCUGUGGUGCUCUAUUAAUUUGCUCGGCUAUGUGCUGCUGGUUCAAUAAUCCAUCUAGCGGAAACACAGAUGCAGAUAACGAGAAUUCAAUCCACGUAAUUCCAGUACCUACCCCGACAACAGAAAAGCCUCCAGCAUAUGAAGCAGUGAUUAUAGAACCUCCAACCUAUGACGAUGCCAUUAAAUUGAAUCCUGCCCUCUUGGUUCAAAUGAAAUGUACUGAGCCCCAACUAUCGUUGCCAGGGGCACCUGCAAUGCCGCAAGUUAUUGUUGAACAGCCCACGCAAGGAUGUAGCAUAAAUAUGUGCACAAAAUUAGAUGAAUCAAGUACAUCAUCGCACAGCGUGAGGUGAUUCCCCCGAGCAGAUGCGAGAAAUCCUCGUGUGCCUGAUAAUAUUUAACAUAUGUAAAUAAACAAUCUUAAUAUGCUACGGUCUAGUCAUUAAGUAUUACUUACAUCUUUAUAUUUUUAAGAAAUAUUUAUUCGCUUUUAGCAAGCGCAAUAGAUGAAAGUGAUGUGAUGUAAUUCCAUUAAUACUAUAAUGUAGCCUAUUCCGAACUAUUUAUAUUAUUGUUGUAAAAUAAUGUAAUGUAGGUUGUGAAAUUGGUGUGUGAUUUUGUAAUUUUUUAUAUGAGAUAAACUAUUGAAAAGAUUGUGUGUGUAGGCGAAAGACUACUUAUUCCAAAAAUUUCAGAAAAUAAAAGCAGACUGGAAGUA